AUGGGCCUUUUCAACCACAAGGACGAGAAAUAUGCCGGCCUCUCGGAGGAGGAUCGUAAAACCCUGGAGCACGCGCAUGGCAACCUCAAUGAGCAGGACAAGCAGGUGGUGAAGGACUCCUACAAUGAGAAGAACAAUCCUGACCACCCAGCCAACCCUGAACACAAGGAUCACGGCAAAUUCAAGCAGGCCAUGGGUGGUGUUGCGAACAAGAUGGGUAAUGCCGCUAUCUUCGGCUUCGGUGCAACAGCUGGUGCUAGUCUGUUCAACAACAUUUUCUGA